AUGAAUGGUGCCUUGCCUAUGAACGAGGCUGCCCCCGGCAGCGCCCCGCAGCAGGAGGAGCACAGGCGGGAGCUGGAGGCGCUGCGGGCCGAGCUGGAGGGCGAGCGGCUGCGCUCGCACGAGCUGCGCCGCCGCUUCGCCGCCGAAGCCCGCGAGCUGAAGGAGGCGGCGGCGCGGGAGCGGCGGCGCCUGGCCGACCAGCUGCGCUCCAAGUGGGAGCAGCAGCAGGCGCGGGAGCUGCAGCGGCUGCGGGAGCUGAGCCGGCGGCAGCGCGCCGCCGAGAUCCGGCAGCUGCUGCGCUGGAAGGAGGCGGAGCUGCGCGAGGCGCAGGAGCUGCUGCGGCGGGAGCGCGACGCCGCCGUGCGGCAGGCGCGGGAGCUGCAGCGGCAGCUGGCCGAGGAGCUGGUGCGGCGCGGCGGCGGCGAGGCCCGCGGCGGCGGCGAGGCCCGCGGGCGCCUCCACGACGUCCUCGGCAAGCUCCGCUGGGAGACCGACGGCGACCAGGCCGCCCGCAUCCGCCACCUCCAGAACGAGCUGCAGCUGGAGAGGAGCCUCUUCGUCAAGUACAUCCUGGAGCGGUUCGAGGGCGAGCCGCCCGCCUCCCCGCACGGGCCUGGGGCCAGGGCCGCUGCCUGGCGCGCCCCCCGGGCCCUCCGGGGCGGCAGGACCCCCAGGCCCUGCUCCUGGGAGAGCCUCAUCACAUCUUGCACCCCUGACGGCGAAGGGCCCCGGGCCCUCGCAGCGGCCAGCAGCCAGACCAAGCCUCGGUCGGCAGCAGAGGAGGAGCUCGGUCAAGCCCAGUCAGCGCUAGAGGAGAGUCACGGUGAAAGCCCCACCAUGGGGCAGUGGAUGACCCGCAAGGGCUUAAAAGAUGCCCACCUCCAGGAGGAAGGGGGCAGCAUGGAGUUUCUACCAGAGGCCGUGGGUGAAGACUUGGUGUUGCAUUGCCUGGACUCCCCCCCUGAAGGGAAGCUGGGCAGCCAGGGGGCUGUGGCGGAGGGAAGCAUUCAGAUAGUAGGGCAGCAGGAGGACUGGCUGCUUGACAGCAGGUAUAGGGAGCUGGUAGAGCAGAACACCCACCUUCAGAGUGCCCUGAAGGACCUGGAGAAGAGAUGUAAUGACCUCCAAAACAAGAACUGUCUUCUGAGGAAGAGAAGUUUUCCAGAAGUACGGGAGCAAGUGAAGAGGCUCAAGCAGAAGAAUGCUGAGCUAGCUGUCAUUACCAAGCAACUGGAAGAAAGAUCUAGGCAACUACAAAAGACCAAUCUCAAGGUGAUCAAUACUCCAAUACCACUGCCCAUCCAAAGCUCCAGUAUGGAACUGUGCAUGAAAUCAGUUGCCCAGCAGAGGGCUAAAGAAAUGAGAGAACAUGCCAAAACCCUUCUGGUGAAGGAUAAGCAGAUAGAAGUCUUGCAGAAGAAGUUUUGGGAACUUCAGGCCAAACUGGCUGCAGACAAAGAAGGCUCAUACUGCCUCAGUUUCAGCGACUUCAGUCAUUUGCUAAGCAAAUCUCAGAAAGGAGCAUUAUGCUCACAGAGACAGAUUGCAGUGAGGAAGCUAAAAGAGUCUCUGAAUUCCUCUGAAAGUGCUCAAGAUGCUUCUUCUCCAGUUGCCACUGUCUUUGGUACUAGGCACACAUGCAUGGAUUCAAGCUUAGAUGGCUCAUCUUUGACAAAGGAGACACAAACAGAAAUUACUACAUUGGCAAAAGAUACAGAGUCAAUGGAAUCACUUUUAGAAACUGUGUCCGAGAAGUAUGAAAAUACUACUUUAAAGACAGACCAAGUCAACAAACAGCAGAGAGUAGAGCUUGCUAGAAAGCUUAGGCAGCACAAAAACCUGGAACAUGAAGUUUCAAAGAAGCAGAAGAGAUGUGAGGAGUUAGAACUGCAGCUUACAGAGAUGAUGAAUGAAAACGCCAGACUUGCUAAAGAAAAUUCUCAACUCGGUGGGAAGACAGAAUGGACAGAAAAAAUUCAAUCUGAAAACACUGAGCUGAAGGUGAAACUAACACAAGUGACAGAGGAGCGAAAUUCUGCCAUCCAAGCAAAUAACCAUCUUCAGACCAAAUUGGAAGAUCUAAAGCACAAACUGAAAGACAUGAGAGAAAUAGCAGAAAGCAAGCAACAGCUGGAGAAUGAACACGAGGAAACAAAGUUAGCGUUACAGAAGAAAGAAGAUGAAGUCAAGCAUUUACAGAGGGCACAGGCAGAAGUAAAAGUUGCACAUGAAGAAGUCAUGCAACAGUUUCAAGCCCAGGUGAGAGAGUUAAAGAAUCAGUAUCAGAAUCAAACUGAACAAUAUAAUCUGUUAUCUCAGGAACUUGAACAAUUAAAAGAAAGAAAAUCUGGCCAUAUCAUUUCACAGCUGCCACAUGUUACAUGUUUUUCCACAACACAGACCUAUGCAGAGGAUGCCCAUGAUCUUUGUUGCAGUGAGAAUAGUUCUGAUACUUUUGAGAAGCCAACCAAAGCACUGGUAACCCCAGCAAGCACCUUGAAAUCUGAUUCCACACAGGACAGUCCUAGAUCCUGCCUUAUUUCAGAGGAGGAUGCUGUAAGUGAGACAGAAGAAUCAGUAACAAAGAAGCAUUCCUUAAUUCUAGAGUCUUCUAGACAACAGCCAGCAAAACUUAGAGUAUUCUUAGCUCGAUAUAGCUAUGAUCCCUUCGAGGGUCCUAAUAAGCACCCUGAAGUAGAACUUCCUCUAACUGCUGGAGAAUAUGUUUAUAUCUUUGGAGACAUGGAUGAGGAUGGUUUCUUUGAGGGAGAACUGAUGGAUGGCAGGAGAGGUUUAGUCCCCUCUAAUUUGAUAGAGGAAGUUUCAGAUGAUGACCUGAUGAUGACUGUGCCUCCAGACCCAAAUGACUUCUUACAGGAUGCAGAUCACGAAGUGAGUUUUUGCAGCAGAAGUGUUCACAAUGGAGAAAAAAAUGGUCUCGAAGAAGGAACCUGUGUCAGUGGGUUGUCCGAUAGGCCAGGAGAUACAGAGAUUCCUCUUAAUCAUGCAGCCGUACCUUAUCCAAGAAAUCUUACUCUAAUUAAGCAAUUUGCAAGAAGUAUUAUUAUUGGCUGGGAGCCUCCACUAAUACUAGGUAUGUGGGAGGAGGUACAGAACUAUAACAUUUCUGUAGAUACUGAAUGUGGUUUCUGUAGCCAGAAUGUGAGAUUUAGCUCUGAGACUCAAGCAGUGAUUGAAGACCUGGACCUAAAAAAUAAGACUUACCGAAUUUCGGUUCAAAGUGUGACAGAGAAAGGAAAUUCAGACAAGAUGCAGUGUACUAUCCUCGUAGGGAGAGACUUUCGUAUAGCUCCAGAAUGUUUGAAACUUAGGAGCAUCACUCCUACUUCAGCAGAGGUGACUUGGAUGCCAAGCAGUAGCAAUUAUUUGCAUGCUGUGUACCUUAAUGAAAGGGACUGUGAUAUAACAAAGCCAGGUGUCUACUGGUAUACUUUCCAAAGCUUGCAACCCAGCACUCAGUAUGAAGCAAAAGUUGAAGCACGCCCUAAGGAUAUGAAGUGGCAUGUUCCCCAGAAGUUGGGGCAAAAUUCGGCAACAGUUAGAUUUGUUACUCCAUCUGCAGGAGUACCUCAUGCUCCACUUGAUGUGCAAGUGGAACCCGGACCAUCAGUAAAUAUUUUACUUAUCAGUUGGCUACCAGUGACAAUCGAUGCUGAAGGAUCUUCCAAUGGAGUACAAGUUACUGGUUACGCUGUGUACAUCAGUGGACAAAGAGUGAAAGAAGUUGCAUCUCCAACAGCUGGGAGUGCCCUGGUAGAUCUAUCCCAUUUAGAAGUAUUCCAAGCAUCUCAGAAGGUUUCUGUGAGAACGUUGUCUCCAUACGGAGAAUCUGUUGAUUCAGUGCCAGCUCUGAUUCCUCCAGCCUUGUUGAGUGCUCCCAGCUGCUCCUGUCUGCCUAAGUCUACAUCUGUAAGACUGACACCUGGAAAGCCAUAUGAGGAAUUCCCAGACUCUCAGACUUCAACCCACAGCACAUCUUUCUCCUCUUCCUCACAGAGAGGGUAUUUCUGGCACUUUUUCCACUAUGAUCCUGUAUCUAUGUCCCCUGAUUUUGAUGCAGCUGAAGAUAAACUGCCAUUUAAAGAAAGGCAGAUUAUAAAGGCGACUGCUGACAAAGAUACUCAUGAUAUUUGUGGAGCGACGCGGGCGCAGCCGCACCGCGGCGGCAGCGGCAUUGUUCGGGCCGGAGGUCGCCGCUUGGGCCUAGCGGCAAACGGCCUGACCUUGGGAGCUACUGAAAGCCGAGAAGCCGAGCAGAGCGGAGGGAGACCCACGGAACGAAAACCCGCGGGCUCCUGCCUGCUUCUUGCACGUAACCUAAACAAGUUCUUCAGCGAGAAAUACGGCUAUGCUUCCUGCACGCUGCGGGCAAACGUACUCACCGUAGCCGGCCGCACGGAAGAGCGAAGGGCUGUGCCGCCUGCACGGGGCGGCUUGGAAACCAGAAAACCCGGGCGCAGGAAAAGGAUGAACAGGGAAAUCGCCGCAGCCGGGCGCGAGUGGCGACGACCAGGCUGCAGGCCGCUGCCCCAGCGCGCCGACGCGCGGAGCCAUCGCACGCCGUGA